AUGAGUAAAAUCCCACGUGAAACGUUAAUAGAAUGUGUAAACGAAGUGCUGAAGCCACGGAAGAAACGAAGGUUUCGUGAAACAGUUGAAUUGCAAAUAGGAUUGAAGAAUUACGAUCCACAGAAGGAUAAACGUUUUAGCGGAUCAGUAAGGCUCAAAAAUAUCCCAAGACCGAAUAUGAAAGUUUGUGUAUUGGGGGAUCAACAGCAUUGUGAUGAAGCUAGUGCAAACGGCAUACCAUGCAUGAAUGCUGAUGACCUGAAGAAAUUGAAUAAAAACAAGAAACUCAUCAAGAAGUUGGCUGAGAGUUAUGAUGCUUUCUUGGCUUCAGAAGCGUUAAUCAAGCAAAUUCCUCGUAUUCUAGGGCCUGGUCUUAAUAAAGCUGGUAAAUUCCCAACUGUCGUCGCUCAUUCAGAAGCAGUUACAACUAAAAUAGUAGAAAUCCGAUCAACAAUCAAGUUUCAAAUGAAGAAGGUAUUGUGCUUAUCAGUCGCAGUUGGUCAUCUUGACAUGACAUCUGAAGAGCUUGUUUCUAACAUAGCACUUUCCAUAAAUUUUCUUGUUUCUCUACUGAAAAAAAAUUGGCAAAAUGUGAGAUCGUUGCAUAUCAAGAGCACGAUGGGGCCGUCGCAGCGAUUGUAUUAA